AUGUCAGCAUGUGUGACAUGCUGCAAGGCGAAUGAUGAGGGUGAUUACUUUCCCAUCUGGGGAACAGGCCUGGGAUUUCAGAUGCUCACGGUGCUGGUGGCUGGAGAAAACCUGUGGAGUAAGACAACUGCAGAGAAUGUGACUUAUCCACUCAACCUCAGUACAGAGGCUUCAUCCAGUCGUAUGUUUACCAACUUCCCAUCUGACGUUCGUAAAGUGCUGUCCCAGGAACCACUUACUGCAAAUUUCCACCAUUAUGGAGUGACUAAAGAGGCAUUCAUGGGGAAUGAGAAAUUAAGUGGCUCCUUUUCAGUGCUGUCCACGAACAUAGCACAAAAUGGCCUUGAGUUUGUUUCUACCAUGGAAGGCAGGAAGAAACCUUUCUACGGGGUACAGUGGCAUCCAGAAGUGAGCCGCUUUCAGUGGGACCCUCGUUACAACUUUCCUUUUUCCAGCAAUGCUGAGCGAGUGUCAUCCUUACUGGCUGAAUUCUUUGUUAAUGAGGGAAGGAGAAGCUCCCACCACUUCAGUGAAGCAGCAGAAGAGAGCAGCGCACACAACUACAGCCCUGUGUAUGUGGUAAAUAUCUCUGCAUAUAAACAGUCAUAUUUCUUCUGAGAGACACGAUAUGGUAGGACAAUGAACCAGACAAAGAAAGGAAACACUUGUCAAGAUAUUUCAGAC